UCUCGACUCCCAGAAAUCAUCCUUCUCUAUUACAUGUUUGUUUACGUUUGUUCGGCAAUUGUCAUCAGCACUCAGUGAACCCUUGCCUUGGGGAUACCAGAACUUGCCUGCUGCUGGAUAUGACUUGUAGGUCGCGAAUUGCCACUUGACUGUAUAAAAAAAAAGGGGAGAGAGAGAAAAAAAAAAAAAAACGCGAGGUUGGUGAAGCAGUGAGGAAUAUUAUCAGUGUGGCGCCUCCCGUGGGUGGCGGUGGAGUGUGCUGAUUAUCGCUGGUGCCCCACGCCCAGGAAUGUUGUUAUCUCGCCUCUACUGCCUGCAGAUGGUGUUUUCCGGAGAGAUUUAGAGGCGCAACCCUUCCCAGCAGAAUGGAGCAGUCAACUGGAAAGCAUAAAGUGGUUGGCUACUGGUUCAAUGAGCAGAAAUGCCAGAAAUUUGGAGUGCAAGACCUAGAAGCAACAUGCAGGAGACGAGGAAUACAGCUGGUUAAGAUUGAUAUGAACUCUCCUUUGGAUGACCAGGGACCAUUUGACCUUGUCCUUCACAAGGUGACAGUAUUGUAUGCCCAGGCCCUCAACAAUAAUGGAAAGGCUGCAAAUGCAAUCAAUAUGUUUGAAAACUAUAUAAAGAAGCAUCCAGAGACUUUUGUCAUGGAUCCUCUUCCUGGUGUCCACAAAUUGCUCUUAAGGAACCAGACAUAUGAACUUCUCCACCAGCGUUUUAGAUAUGAUGAAAAAAUAUUUACUCCAACAUAUGCAGAACUGUCAUCAAGAAAUGUCAAAGAAAAUGCUGAGAUUGUAAAACAAGCAAGUGUUACAUUUCCAGUAGUAUGCAAGCCAGUGACAGGAGGUGGUGGAGUAGAGGCACAUGAGAUGGCUGUAGUUUUCAAUGAAAUGGGUCUCAGUGAGUUCAGACUUCCUUGUGUUGCUCAGUCCUUCAUAAAUCAUGGAGCUGUUCUAUAUAAGCUUUUCGUCUUGGGGCCAGUGUGGUUUGUCAUUGUGCGACCAUCACUCAAGAACUUUUAUGCCGGAGUUGAUGGUUGCUUUGGUUUUAACACACUUACAGAACAAGAAACUGUUUACUUCAACUCCAGCAAUGUAUCCAAAGCAGACUCUCAGUCUCCCCUCACUCAGCUGGACCCUGGAGACAUGGAAGAUGAGUUACCAAAAGCUGAUCCUGCAGUAUUUAACAGAAUAGUAACAAAUCUGCGUGAAGCUUUGAAUAUGGAUCUUCUUGGCAUUGAUGUUGUUAUUGACAGCAACACUGGAAAGUAUGGCAUCAUUGAUGUGAAUGCUUUUCCUAGUUAUGACUCUGUCCCCAACUUGAUGGAGCACUUGGUGGAUCUUCUUGUGAUGCGAAUGGAUCAUCCUGCACCCGAGAGUAUUAAACAGACACCAGAAAACAAGAAAAUCCCGACAUUUACCACUUGUGAUCACCCUCAGGAGGAUUCAGGGGUAGAUACAGGGUAGUACAUGAUGCUACUGCUGAACUGUACCUUUUCCUAGUCAGCCAAAAUAACUGUAUUUCAAAUAUUUGGGAUAACCUUUAGAAUGUAAUGUAUGCCUUAAAAUGUUUGGCUCAGUAUUUUUACCAUAAGAAAUAUGUGAAGAGUGCUCAUUACAUACAAUUUGAUUAGCAGGAAGCUGCCAUGACAGCAGGUUAGGCAAAACUAUUUGGUGCAGUGGUUAGUGUGUUUUUGUGGGAGGAAAGCUUUGAAUGUAAUUUUUAGGAAGUGAAGUGUUUUUAUAUACUUUUUCUACUCCUUUUCAUAUUGGUGUGGAAGCAGGUGCUUAAUUUGGGCAUCAGGUAAAGUACAGACAGCCCCGAUAUAGUCUUUUCUUUUCCUUCUAUAGAGGAUACUUUCUACUGAAGUAUAGUUCAGCCCAACUGGAAUACUUGCUGUGUACAUAUAUAGUGUAUAGUUUUUGUUUACAUUUUUCUAUUUGAUGCAAAAAUCACAUAUAGACAGAUAACAGUGAUUCAUACUUACAUUAAGUGCAAUGCUAGAUUACUAUUUCUUACUCCACUCAUUAAUACAUCACUCAAAGACCAUUUAAGGAGUUUGCUGGAAGUGUACUUUUUUCACCAUCAUCAAUCCAUUUGUCAUGAACCCCUCUCAGUAUGUUCCUCACUUCUGACCAGUACUGGCUGUGUUUUCAUUCUCACCAUAGUACCAUCCUCAUCAUCAUUUUCAUUAUCACAUCAGGUUUGCCUGGUUUAGGCUAAUCCAUGUAAUGUACUUUGAAAAGUAUUUUUUUCAUUCAUGAUUUAAUAGAAAAUUAUCAGAACACAAAAAAAAAAAAAAACACAAUUUGAAUCAGUGUUCUCUGGACAUAAGUUUUUUCAUUUCUGUAGUCUUGUAGAGUACCAUAAUCAGUGUUCAGAUAUGUCACAACACAUGCUUCUCAUAUCUUAUGAUAGUUUUGUCAAGCUUCAUGUUAGUACUUUCUGGUGGACUGUACUCCCAAAGUUACAAUUAGGUCUUUAAGAAAACUAUUUGAUGUGGUUGUUAGCAAUGGAUGUUGUAUGGUUGUGUAAUAUAUGAUAUGUUAUCAUUGUGCACAUGAUUGAUUUUCAUUGCAUGUUGUCAUUCAUGUGUAUUAAUUUUACAUUUAUGUAUGCUAUUAUUUGCUAGGUCAUUCCCAACAUUCCACUCUUCAAAGUUAGUUAAAGGAGAGCAUCAUUAUAUUAAUUUAGAUUUUUAUUUUUCAGACUAUUAUUUUCUUUUUAGGUGUUUUGAAAAUAUAUUCUUUAUUUAUGCCAAAGGUAUUUAAUUGUAUACUUGAUUGUUAGUAUGGAUGGAUAACAUAUUAAAAGUUGACAAUGUAUAUCAUAGUAUUGUCAUGUUGGUAUUUUAGACCAUGUUUAGAAAGUCAAGGAAAGAAUCAUCUUCUAAAAGAAGGUUCAUUAAACAAAUCAAACCAAUAAUAAAAAAAAAUGGUUAAAAAGUACCAUGGUAGUUGUGUGUUGAAAUAUUAAUGUGGCAUCAUAUGAUGGUAGCAUGUAAAUGCAUUCCAUUUGUAAUAUUUUUAAAACUUUCUAUAAUCAAAAUGGUAUGGUAUUUUGUACAUUAUAUUAUUCACUUGUAUAUGCAGUUGUUGUACUGUAUUAGCUCUACAUGUAUUGAACACACUUAAGAAUGAAACAAGAUAUUAGCAGGAGACCAUACACUUGCCUGAAAAUUUAGAGCAACAGAUUUUUUAUUGUUAUCCCAAUGUAGGCAAAACUUGUCCUCUCCUGUCAUUUAGUGAGUCUGCCUCUGAGAAACCACUUUUCUCCUCUUCCUGAUCUAUCCUUUUAUCUCUGCCUCUCCUUUCUCUCGUUGUUCCCAUUUUACUUUUCAUAGCCUUUUCUGCUCCCCUCUACCAUCCCAUGAGUCACUGUGUGUGUGUACUUACCUAUUUUACUUAGUUAUACUUACCUAGUUGUGUGUGUGUGUGUGUGUAGGUGGGUGCGUGCGUGCGUGCGUGCACGCACGUGUGUGCAUGCAUGCAUGUGUACGUGUGUAUGUGCCUGCACGAGUGCACAGCAGUGUCAGGUCACAUCACAGCAAACACACACACACACACACACACACACACACACACACACACACACACACACACACACACACACACACACACACACACACACACACACACACACACACACACACACACACACACACACACACACACACACACACACACACACACACACAUUCUUACACUGGCUAUACUCUCUCUCUCUCUCUCUCUCUCUCUCUCUCUCUCUCUCUCUCUCUCUCUCUCUCUCUCUCUCUCUCUCUCUCUCUCUCUCUCUCUCUCUCUCUCUCUCUCUCUCUCUCUCUCUCUCUCUCGUGAUAAGUUGAAGCCACAGUGUAUGAAAUCCCAAAGGCAUUUUUUAAAAGGUUUGAAAUGCCUGAAUGGUGAUUCCAGAAAGAGAGAGAGAGAAUCAUUUUUUAUAAAUAUAUACAGCAGCAAUGUUUUAUAAAAUAAACAUACAUAUAGCCA